AUGGCAUCCCCCCGCGUCGUCCUGGCGCUGGCAGCGGCGCUGGCUUGCGGGGCGCCGCCUGAAGCGGGCGGCGCCGCGGGGGGUCGCGCCCCUGCUGCUCCCCCUUCCGCCCCGCGGGGCGCCUUCGCCCACCCUGCGCCGCGCUCCCCGCCGCCGCUCCAGCACCAGCCGUCCGGCGGCGGCGGUGGCGGCGGCUGCCCCCGGGGCGGCGGGCGCUUCGUCAACGUGACGGAGUUCGGCGCGCAGUGCCUGCCCUGGGCAGACGUGCCCGCUUUCCUGGAGCGGACGCCGCGGGGCAGCGGGCUGCGAGCGCAGCGCAACUUCUGCCGGAACCCCGACGGCAGGAGCAGGCCCUGGUGCUUCUACAGGAACCGCCGCGGCAGGGUGGACUGGGGCUACUGCGACUGCAGGCAAGGCUCGGUGAGACUUAGGGGUGGCCAAAAUGAGUUUGAAGGCACUGUUGAAAUUUACCUGAAUGGAAUCUGGGGAAUAAUCUGCAGCAGUCAUUGGGAUGAUACUGAUGCAUCGGUGAUAUGCCAACAACUUGAACUUGGAGAGAGAGGCACAGCAAAGCAAACCCCACUUUCUUCACUGGGCCUUAUCCCUGUUUACUGGAGUGAUGUACAUUGCCAUGGCGAUGAAGAAAACAUACUGCUGUGUGAAAAAAACAUCUGGCAGGGUGGAAUGUGUCCUCAAAAUAUGGCAGCUGCUGUCGCAUGUAGCUUUGCCCAUGCCUCUGAUUUUAUCCCGGUCCGGCUGGUUGAUGGGAGCAGUCCUCGUGAAGGAAGAGUAGAGGUUUACCAUGCUGGUCAGUGGGGCACGAUCUGUGACGACCAAUGGGAUGACGCUGACGCUGAGGUGGUCUGCAGGCAGCUUGGCCUUGGGGGAAUUGCCAAGGCAUGGAGCCAGGCGUAUUUUGGAGAAGGCUCAGGUCCUGUGCUACUGGAUGAAAUGCGUUGUACAGGAAAUGAGCUGUCGAUAGAACAGUGCCUAAAGAGCUCCUGGCAGGAACACAACUGUGGCCACAAAGAAGAUGCAGGAGUUUCCUGCACACCUCUAGCAGAUGGCGCGAUCCGAUUAGCAGGUGGGAAAGGCAGCCACGAGGGACGUUUGGAAGUCCUUUACAAAGGACAGUGGGGCACCAUCUGUGACGACGGGUGGACCGAACUGAACACACAAGUGGUUUGUCGGCAGCUGGGCUUUAAGCAUGGCAAAAGUGUCUCAGAACGCUAUCUAGAAGAAAAUACGGGACCCAUCUGGCUGGAUGAUGUCAGCUGUUCUGGAAGGGAAGCUGUUAUCUCCCAGUGUCCAAAGAGGGAGUGGGGAAAGCAUGACUGCAGCCACCAGGAGGAUAUCAGCCUAAGUUGCUAUCAAGACAACGACAGCCACAGAGUCUUGCUGGGGCCUCCUAUCAGAUUGAUGGAUGGUGAGAAUAAGAAAGAGGGCCGAGUGGAGAUCUUUAUCAAUGGCCAGUGGGGGACAAUUUGUGAUGAUGGAUGGUCUGAUAAGGAUGCAGCUGUGGUAUGUCGACAACUUGGCUACAAGGGUGCAGCACGAGCAAGAACCAUGGCAUAUUUUGGGGAAGGAAAGGGCCCCAUCCAUGUGGACAAUGUGAAAUGCACUGGAAAUGAAAGAUCUUUGUCUGAUUGCAUAAAACAGGAUAUUGGCAGACACAAUUGUCGCCACAGUGAAGAUGCCGGGGUGAUCUGUGACUAUCUAACCAAAAAGGCAUCUGGCAACAGUAAUAAAGGCGAUUCUCUUGCUUCCGUGUGCGGGUUGAGAUUACUACAUCGUCGCCAGAAGCGGAUCAUAGGGGGGAAAAAUUCUUUACGGGGUGGAUGGCCUUGGCAGGUUGCCCUGCGCCUGAAAUCAUCCCAUGGUGAUGGAAGACUGUUGUGUGGUGCCACUCUUAUCAGCAGCUGCUGGGUGCUCACUGCAGCCCACUGUUUUAAGAGGUAUGGCAACAACACUCGGAACUAUGUGGUACGUGUUGGAGACUACCACACAUUGGUCCCCGAGGAGUAUGAAGAAGAGAUUGGCAUACAAGAGAUUGUGCAACACAAAGAAUAUAGGCCUGAUAGCAGUGACUAUGACAUUGCACUAGUGCGGCUACAAGGACCUGAAGAACAGUGCGCUCGCUUCAGCACUCACGUCUUGCCUGCCUGUUUGCCGGUCAAGCGAGAGAGGCCACAGAAAACUGCCCCAAACUGUUACAUUACUGGCUGGGGUGACACAGGAAGAGCCUAUUCCAGAACCUUACAGCAAGCUGCUAUUCCUCUGCUUCCUAAGAGAGUUUGUGAAGAACGCUAUAGGACUAGAUUCACAGGAAGGAUGAUCUGUGCUGGCAGCCUCCAAGAGCAGAAACGUGUGGACAGCUGCCAGGGAGACAGUGGUGGACCACUGAUGUGUGAACGGCCAGGAGAAAGCUGGGUUGUAUAUGGGGUAACCUCCUGGGGUUAUGGCUGUGGAGUCAAAGACUCUCCUGGUGUCUAUACCAAAGUUUCCUCCUUUGUUCCUUGGAUAAGAAACAUAACCAAACUAUGAUUAUUCCUGGCCCCAGUGUCAUGUACAGCGGUCAGUACAAAGGUGGGACACGAUGUGGAUUACAUGCAUGUUUGUUCCCAUGGGCUAUUCCAUUCUAAAAUAAUGUUGACCGAGAUUUGUAACUUACUUUCAUAAAGGGAGUAAGCACAUUUUGCGAGAAUCCCCCUCUGGACAUACAAUACCUGAGAACAUAGAUUGAAUAGAUGCACAAGUCUGGACAACAUACACAAGAACACCUGAGUAAUGAAAUGAAAUCACACAUACUGGUAUCUAAAAUUUAGUAAGCAAAUUAUUAGUUUUUAGACACAGUAGAAUUAUACACCUUUACUACCUGAAGAGGCACAUCCUACUGGUGUGAAAUUUGUAAAUGACUCAACAUUUUCUGUGUAUUCAAAUAAUAGCUUCUUUUACUUUGUGCAAUGGAAUUUGCAAGCUUCAGAUGAAGUGGACUGUUCCCAUCACUCACUCAUGGUUAGAUUUUUGUACCAGGGGACAUGGUCAUCUAUUGCACACAUGACAGCUACUUAUGGGUUGCAUAAAACAUGGGCAACCACCAAUGUUUGCUUCUUUCUGCUUUACUGAACAAUCCAGGAACAUUCCAAGAUUGUUUACAGCAAUGCCCAAACCUGACAGUCAAGCAUUGCUGGAAAAAACAGCGCAGUUUUAACUCACAGCUUGCUAGGCUACAGCUGUGUUAUUUUCCCCACAAUGGAGUACCAGGCUUGGCUAUCACAGUGAGCAGCAGUCAGAAGCUAGCAGAUAUGCUCAUUUCCCUGCAGUCAUGUCCACUCAGUUUAUGCAACCGAUGGGUAGCUGUGAUGUUUGGAUCAGAUCAGUUUCUCAUCCCUUCAGACAAUGUAAACUGGAUCCCACUUUGUGCUAGAACCAAUUAUCAAGUAAAAAUCACAAGUACAUUUUUCACAUUAUCCAUUCCUUUUUUUAAAAGUAGUUGACAAAGGUGGGAGUAUAGCUUUAACAGAUGCUAUACUAAGGAUUUGCUUACUGACAAGCUCUUUUUAAAACAAUUAUUGAAAAGCUAGCUGCUGUACAAACUAUGUCACCUUCAAUGGAGUUGACAUAUAAUGUAUCAUGCUGAUCAAUGUCAGUAUUGUGCUAGUUUCUUAAGUCGUAAAAUAGGAAACUGCACAUUUAUGAACUGUGUAUAGGAAUUAUAAACAAGAUCAUUUAAAAUUUAGGUCUCUUUACAAAUUGAAUUUGGGAGACAUAUUAAAAAUGUAGCAAUAGCUGUGCCAGAUCAACAUGUGGUAGUUCUGUAUAUUGUCUAUGUACAUUUGAUGUUUUAAGUGCAACAAAUAGUAUCUACCUUCUCAGAAAUUCCUUAUGUGUUGACUUUGGAUGGUUGUACAUAUACAUGGGUGUCAGUGAUUUGUGUGUCAUGUAUGGCUUUGCCUUGUUACAGCAGUUGUCCAUCACCACAGUAUCAUUUGGACAGCUUUUUUAAAAAAUAUAUAGGCCUUUUGUAAUGACCAAAGUAUAAAGUAUACCGAUGUGACCAUGGGCUGUGCUCAACUUGAAAUGUGAUGCUCAAUAUAUCUUCAGAUAGCUACAAAGGGGGGUUUUUUUUUGGCAACAGUGAACCUUGAUGCUUAAUGUUUGGCAAUUUUAAACUUUAUGAAACAAAGUAUUUUAACACUCUUACUUGCUAUAUUGAUCUGAGACUUAUCAGGCAAAGUAAUGUUUAUUGUUAAGCCAUACUUUUAAGCUGUUUUCAAAAAUUUAAUUUGUAAAUUCACUAUUUUGCUGUAUCUUAAGGACAGCAGCUGCAUUACAUAGCAAAAUAUAUUGUAGCAUGAAUGAGAAUUUAGUAGUGCUUAAAAACUCAUUUUUAUCACAGUAUUGUCUUACAUUCUGCUUAGACCUGCAGACCCAUAUAGUGUAAACCUGUACAAUAAAAUGUGCCAUUUAUGGA